AUGGAUAUUGAAGUUUCUAAUAUUAACAGCUUCUUUAAUAAAGGAAUAGAUAACAAGGAGAUUGUACCAAUUUUAGAGUAUAAUAUUAAUAGAUCUUUAUUUGAUGAGCUAAAAUCUUACAAUAUCUUAUGUAUUGAUAUAAAUAAAGAUAUUGAUAUUUUCUGUGUUGGAACUAAAGAUGGGGAAAUAAUACUAAUAAACAAAAUGAGUAUGAAGAUUAUCAGUAAAAUUAAUACAGAAAGUUCAAAAUCUAUAAUAAAUGUUUAUAUAAAAACUGGGAAAUUAAAUUCAAUAAGACUAUUUGCUAUUGAUGAAGAUGGUAAUCUACUAUAUUGGAUUAUUAAAGAGGAAUCUUUAAUCAUUUCUCAUAAACAUUCAAUAAUAAAAAAAAAAUUUAUAGCACCUAUAAAAUUAAUUGAAAUAAUAAAAAGUUUAGAAGAAAUUGUAUUAAUUACUACUGAAGGACAUAUAAUACUUGCUAAUAUACCUAAUGAUAAUCAGAUUCAAAAUAUAAGAACAAUAUAUAGGAAUAAAUUAUAUGAUACUAGAAAUUUAACUAUAAUCUAUAGUAAUCAAGAUGAAGAGUACUUUUUAUAUUGGGUAGUUAACAAUUAUUUAUAUAUAUAUGAUAUUAAACACAAAAAUACUAUUGUAAUAUAUCCCUUAAAACAAUAUAUUAACAAUAAUAAUAGUCUAAGUAACUCAAUAAUCCUCUUUAAACAUUCAAAUCAACAAUAUAUUUCUAUUCAAAAUAGAAUUUUUUCUAUUUAUAUAUAUAAGGAAUUAUCUGAAUCUACUUUAAGAAAUAUUAAAUUAAUUUAUAUAUUAACAAUACCAGAGAAAUAUAAGAUAAUAUCAGUUAGACCAUUUUAUAUUACUCCAUUUAAAAAUUCUUUUAUUGCUAUACUAUUAAUGAAUCAAGAAUGCUUUAAUGAAAUUGAAUUAAUAUUACUUGAUAAAUUGUUUCAUGUGAUUACACAUCAUAAUAUAAAAUUUUUGACAAGAUCUUUAUAUAAUGAAGAUAAUAAUAUUAAUUCAAAUAAUUAUAUUGAUUUACUUGUAAAUAAACCAAAAAUUUAUAAUUUCUUGAAGACACAAAUGAUCAUUAAUUUUAAUCACAAUAAAUCAUUUAUCAUGAUAUCUCGUACAAGUAGUGAUGAUUUAUUAUGGUGGUAUAAUAAAAAAAAUGAAAUUAAUCAUGUAUUAUAUUUAAUUGAUGAGAAUAUAUCUUAUGAUAUGGAAAUUAAGAUAAUAAUUGAUUUAUUAAAAAAAAAUAAGGUUAAGGAAUCUUUAGAUAUUUUAAAAAGAAGAAUAUACUUUAAUAAUUCAUUAAUAUAUUCGUAUUAUUUAAAUAAUAAAAUAGAGGAUUUAUUAUUUGUAUAUAUGAACCUUUACAAUUUUUUUGGGUAUUUUGAAGAAUUUGUUACUUUACUUAUUGAAUAUAAAUAUAUUAUAUUAAUAUCAAUUAAUUCAAUGAAAUGGUUUUUUAAGUUAAUUAAGUGUGUAUUUGUAUAUGAUAUUAAAUUAUUUAUAUUUAUUUUAAAUUCUUGGUUUGAUGUUAUUAAGAAGGAAUUUUCUGAUAAUGAAAUAACUUAUCAGGAGAAGUUGUUAUUUUUUAUUAGGAUAAAUGAACCAUGGAUUAGUGAACUAAAAUUAUGUUCAGGAUUAUCUUCAUUAUUUCUAAAAAAAGAAAAGGGUUAUAUUGAUAAUAUUAUAAAUUGUAAGAGAAAGUUGAAUAUUUUAUUUGGUUAUAUUAAAAUAUUACAACUAUACCAGAGAAAAUCAUCAUAUGAAGAAAUAUUUAUUAUUUGUAUACAUAUAUUAAAUAAAUGUAUUGAUAAUAAUAUUUUUGAAGAAAUUUUAAUAGACAUUAUAGAUAAAAUUUCAAGUAAUGAUAUUGGUCAAAUAAUUAUUGAGCAUAUAAAUUGUAUAUUAUUAAUAAAUAAUCAAAAUAUUUUGGAAUUAUUAUUAUUUGGUGGAUAUGUAUCAAUUAAAAUAUUAUAUGAUUGUAUAAAGAAUAAUAAAAAUUCAACUUUUAUAUUUUUUAAAUUUUUGGUUUAUUGGCAAGAUAAGUUGGUAGAUUCUACUAAUUAUAUUAAGGAUUCAUUUUUUAGUUUUAAUAUAUCUCGUAAAAAAAAGAGCAUUGUUGCAAACUAUGAAAUAAAGAAUAUUUCAAAUAAUGUUUUAUAUUGUCUUGAUGAAAAUAUUAAUGAUUAUUUAUUAUUAGAUGAUGUAAAAGGUAUAAAAAAUAGCUUUAAAAUAUUACCAUUAUUGUAUGUUGAAUUUGCUCCACAUCAAUUAUUAAAUUUUAUACUAAAAUUUAAGGAAAAAUUGGAUUUUAAUAUUUUAGUUAAUGAAAUUAAUAAUAAAAUUGAGGGUUUAAAUGUUGAUUUUAGUAAAUUUGUUGAAUAUAAUGAAUUAAAUAGAAGAAAUUUUGAUAAUGAAGUAAUACAUUCACAUAUAUACUUAAUUGAAGCAAAGUGCCUUUCAUUAUUUUUAAAUAAUAAAUCAAAUAAUCAAAAAGAACUUCUUUAUAAUGAUUUAUUUAAGACUUUAUUAAACAGAAAUCUUGUAUUCAGUUGUAUAUCAUUAAUUAUACUUUAUAAGGAGGAAAUUGAAUUCUUAUGGUUAAGUUUUAUCGAGCAGUUAUAUUCAAGUAAUAACCAAAAUAUUGAAAAUUUUAUUAUUUGGGCUGAUUAUAUUUCAAAAAAAGCUUUUAAUUCAGAUUUGAAUUGUUAUCAAUUACAAAAUAUAUAUUCAAAUAAUCCAGUACGGAAAUAUGUUGAAAAUAUAUUAGCAUAUUUUAAUUCUCAUUAUAAUUGCUCAUUAUCUAUAUUUUGUUGUGAUUGGCACUAUUUACCAUUUAACUUCGAAUUAUUUGAAUCAAAAUUACUUGAUGAAUUAAAAAGGCUUAUUAAUUUUAGUAAAGUUCAAAUUUUUCAAAAUGUCAAAACUAUUGACUCAUUUAUUGAUUUAGGUGUGUUAUCUCAUCUAAAAUUCAAUUUAACUAUAGCAUCAAGUAGUUCAAAUGUUCUUUUAUCUGCUCAAAAAAGCUUAAAACAAUAUUUUUUAGUGAAAUUGUCUAAUUCAAUUAUAAUAUCAAAAGAUACUGAUUAUUGUAAUAUUUGCUUUAGAUUAUUACUAAACCCAAAUUUUACCAAGAAACUACACAAAAAAAUAAAAAAAGUGGAAUCAAUUUUAAAUGAUAAUAAAACUCCAAAAUAUUAUCCUUAUAAUUCGAUAAGAGGUAUAAGUUCUGGAAGUUUAGAUAUUAAUAAUUUUAGUUUAAAAGAUUUUCAAGAUGUUAAUGAAGGCUCAAUUGUUAUUUUUAAUUGUGGACACUCAUACCACUAUUAUUGUUAUUUUUAUGAGAUAUCCCAUUCUAAAAUACUUUCUGAAUAUCUAAAUAUGGUAUCAGAUUCAUUAAAAUGUAUAAUAUGUCUUUACAACAAUACAAUGUCUCAUCUUCAGUUUAGUUAG